CAAAAAUAAUAGAAAAAGUAGAAGAAGAAAUAGAAUUAUGUCACAAAAACAUUUAGAAAGUUAACAUUUUCCUUUCAAAUAUUUUCAAGAGUAAUAUUAUUUCAUUUCACAUCAAAGACCAACAGGUAAUAUGUAAAAUUUCAUCAAACAAUUUCUUGAGUAGGUAAAGGACACUGGACUAAAAACCAACUUCAUAAUGAAAAAAAUAUUUAAUUUAAAAAUUCGUAACCAAAUACGGCUAAUGUCCAGUGUAAAACCAAAAGACCACUAUAAAUCUCUUGGUAUAACUCCUUCGUCUACACAAGGUGAGAUAAAGUCAGCAUAUUACAAAUUAUCUAUGGUUUACCAUCCCGACAAAAACCAAGAUUCAAAUGCCCAAUCUGCUCAAAAGUUUAGAGAUAUCACAGAAGCAUAUGAAGUUUUAGGAAACAUUAAAACAAGAAAAUUAUAUGACAAAGGUCUGUAUUUCCGUUCUACUCCUUCAGCAACUGAAGAGGAUGUUGACAAAUUUUACAAAUCCAGAGAAACCAGAUCAAGACCCCCUCCCCCCUCCAGUGGGAUACCAAUCUAUGAUUUUGACGAGUGGUCUAAAUCUCAUUAUGGGGCAACCUUUAGACGUCAAAUGGAAAAUAAGAACCGAACAAGAGAGUAUAUAAUCAGACGUGAAAAAGAGAAGGAACAUACGAAAAUUGAAAAUAUGCUUCUAGUGUUUCUAGGAAUAUCUUUCAUGUUUAUGUUGUAUUUCAAAGAGACAGACUAUGAUAAAGUAUAUGUCAAUAACAAACCAGGCAGGCAACUUUCUAAAGAGGCCAGUAGCUGACGAUAGGACUCCUAUUAGAUAAUUCACCAGAAGUAAUCCGACCAUGUGCAGAUGACUAAUGGUUUUAAUGACAGUUCAUGCUUAUUUGUUGUAUAUUAGAAAUUAUUUUUGUCAAUAGAACGUCAAAAUAUUUGCAUUUUAAAAUAUUGAAUUAUUGUUUUACAAGUCAUGAGUGAGCUAUCACAAGUUUUUAGAGUCUAUCUCUAAUGAUGAAAUGUAAAAAUGUGAUACUAAUGAUAAAGGAAAACUGGCAAAUUAUGAUGUUAUAAUUUAUUUUACUGUUAUAGAAAUACAGAUAAUAUAAUCCGAUUUAUUUAA